GAUUGAUUUCUUUUCCAACCCUUGUCUCCAAAAUAUUAAAAUUCCUUUUAUAUCCUAGGUCUUUUGGGACUUGAGUGUAUAUAAAUAUCAAAAUCUUUUAAUAGGGAAGAGGGAGUUUAGGCAAUAAAAAAGAAAAAGAAAAAAAGUAAAAGGUUGAAGGAUGAGCAAUCUUGGAUGGUAUUUGCUCUGUACUUUUCAGCUUAUUUUGGUGGUUAAUUCCCUGGAAUACAAGGUUGGAGAUCUGAAUGCUUGGGGAGUACCCAGCGAAGUUAAUCCACAGGUUUACAACAAAUGGUCAAAGUACCACAGUUUCAAGAUUGGAGAUUCUCUCUUGUUCUUGUACCCACCAAGUCAAGAUUCAGUUAUCCAAGUGACAGAAGAAUCUUACAAGUCUUGCAACAUCAAAGAUCCAAUCUUAUACAUGAACAAUGGAAACUCUUUAUUCAACAUCAGUGGAGAUGGGAAUUUAUACUUUACCAGUGGGGCUGCAGGGCACUGUGAAAAGAGACAGAAGCUGCAGAUUUCUGUUGGGUUGGCCGCCUCUGCCACGUCUCCUUCUCAACUUCCUGAUACUGCACCUUCUUACCCAACUGUCUUUGGCUCAAUCCCUCAACCUCCUUCUUCUUCUUCUUCUUCUUCUUCUUCAUUUCCACCAUUUCCACUUUUCCUUUCAGCUGUUCUUGGGUUGCUAAUUGGCUUAAUCAUGUGAAGGGUUUUACUCAAUCCAACUUAGAUCUCUCAUAUUUUUGUUUGUCACUUGGACAUGGAUUGAAUCAAGCUACUGUUGCUGUAACUGGGUUUUAUUUUUUUUUCUGGGAAAGGACCAUGAGAAAAGGUAAGCACUCAGAUUUUUGUAUACAGAUCAUAUCUCCACUUGUAAAAUGUAUUUGUUGAGCACCAA